GCUCUGUUCGCUAAACAAAGGAGCGAAACGCGUAGCCGCAUUGACCGUGCUUCUCUUGCUUGCUUCCAGGGCAUUUGGCUUCAGCGCAGGCGCACAAACCCUGCCUCGCUCCUGUGCUGUGUGCAUUCGCAUUGUGUCUAAACAGGCAGCGAGCAAAAAUAUAUUUUACCAACAGCAGUAAUGUCGGGCAGGUCGGUUCGAGCGGAGACGCGGAGCAGGGCGAAAGAUGACAUCAAGCGGGUUAUGGCUGCAAUUGAAAAAGUGCGGAAAUGGGAGAAGAAAUGGGUGACUGUUGGAGACACGUCCCUGCGAAUCUACAAGUGGGUACCAGUGACGGAGCCCAAGUCAGAUGAUAAGAACAAAAACAAGAAGAAAUGCAAAGAUGUCAAAUAUGGCUCUGAGGUCACGACCCCUGAGAACAGCUCUUCUCCUGGAAUGAUGGAUAUGCAUGACGAUAACAGUAACCAGAGCUCCAUUGCAGACUCCUCCCCACUGAAGCAAGAGACCAGCAACAACACUAGUCCUGCACCUGAACCCAUGGCAGCUUCUCAGAAUGACAGCAAUGACUUGAAAAGUGACCAAUAUCCUUCCAAGCAGCCUUCAUCUAUUCAGGAUCAUAAGAGUGAACAAAACCACUGCUCAUCAGGUUCUAUAACAGCCAAAAGGGACAGCAAGUCACACGGGGAUUCAGAGCACUUUUUAGACUCUUCCAACUCAGCCCAGGAAUUGGAUGAUGGUGCUCCCCCAAGCAAAAAAGGGAAAACCGAUUCUUCCUCUGAAGAAAGUUAACUAUCUUCUCCCAGUUGUCAGGCAUUUGCAAUCCCUGUCUCUUAUCCUGAAACACAUCACAACAUAGGAGGUUUUCUUCAGUUCUACACUCUCAUGUAUUCACUUUAAUCCAGAAAACCUGUCUGUUGCGGUCAUUUUUAGUGUAGAGGGCAUGAUUGGAUCAUCAUUGUAUGAGUAAAGGUAAUGAAUCAAGCUGUGAGAAAUUGUGUGUACUGAUCCUAAAACAGUUCAUGCUGCCCUACAAUCACUACAUGCUAUUUCUUUUGCUAAGUAUUGUCAAUUUUAAAAAAUAAUCAUUUAUCACUCACCUUUUCUUGUUCACUCAGGAAGGUCAACACACUGUUUUUAAAAUCACGCUGAAAGUAACUGAUUUCUGCUGCUGUAGUUUAGUGAGAUUUCACCAUAAGUAGCUAAAUAUAAAAAAAAUGCAAAUGGUACUAGUCACAAGUUAUUCAACUUCUCCUGUGAAGCUCAUAGCUUGUAGCAUAGGCCCUGCUUGGUUGAGUACUUUUGUGUUACUGAGGAAAGGAAUGUUUUUUUUGUCUUGUCUUGCCUUGCCUGUCUACACACUUCUCCAAGUGCCCACAUUUUGGUUCUCUCUCUCUUUUUAAAGUCAAGUAAGCCA